UAUCAAGAUCAUCUCACCAAGUUUGUUGUUCUACGUCCCUUGAAAACUAAAACUGCUGAUGAAGUAUCCGACAUCCUUUUGGAUAUAUUUUGCUUAUUUGGGGCUCCAUACAUACUUCACAGUGAUAAUGGACGGGAAUUUUGUAACCGGGUUAUCGAGAACCUAGCCAGUAAAUGGAGUGCCAUAAAACUAGUACAUGGAAAACCAAGACACUCGCAGAGUCAAGGGUCUGUCGUCGAACGGGCCAAUCAAGACGUUCGAGAUAGUCUUGUGGCUUGGAUGACUGAUAACAACACCUCAGGAUGGGCAAAUGGUCUCAGGAUCAUUCAGAAUGUUACAGUUGUAGCUUGCUUUAGUGCUACAGGCAUCUACGUACCACCAGCUAUGAUAUUUCCUAGAAAACGGAUGAAACCAGAGCUUUACGUUGAAGCCCCUGUAGGCACUCUUCCUCUAAUCUCUGAUAGUGGCUACAUGAACUUAAAUAUUUUUAUAGACUGGCUGAAGCACUUCGCUCGCCAUACAAAACCCACUGAAGAUGACCCUGUUCUAUUGCUUCUCGACAACCACUCCACUCAUACAGGAUGCCUAGAGUCCGACAAAGAACCACUAAGAAAGCAAAAUGGACCGAACAUGAUUUACAAGCAGCUAUGA